AUGAAGAGGAAGCGCAGGCCGGUGAACAGAGGCGACGGUCGACACAGAGCUCCGCCCGUGCGCUUCGCAGACGAUCGCUUUUUGCUGCUUUCAGUGUUUGGCUUCGACUUGCUCGCUUUUGCGUCCCGAAAAGCACGCCCGCUAGGCCGCACUGGGACUGGGACGCGGAACAACGUUUCUCCCCGCGACUGGUUCGUGUCGACGCUAAGCCGGUUCGGGACACUGUCAACAAACCGUUUCUUGGCGCUGCCUCUCGCUGAGCGGGAUGGAGAGACUUUUCAUGCUGUUGCUUCUUCUCGUAAGCGCUUCGUCGAUGCUGGUUUCCAGGAGAUCAAGGAACGGGAUACCUGGUCGUCGAUUUGCAAACCUGGUGGCAAGUACUACUUGACUCGAAAUGGGUCGACCAUCAUCGCCUUCGCGAUUGGGCGCAAGUGGAAGCCUGGAAACUCCAUCUCCAUGGUCGGUGCGCACACGGACUCUCCGUGUCUGAGAGUCAAGCCCGUCUCCAAAAAGCGCGCCGAAGGAUUCAUCCAAGUUGGUGUUGAGGCCUAUGGAGGCGGCCUGUGGCAUACAUGGUUUGAUCGCGAUCUAGGAAUCGCCGGUCGCGUCAUGGCCAGGAACAAGGAUGGCACCAUUGCGGCCAAAUUGCUUCAUAUUGACCGUCCAAUUCUCCGAAUCCCGACCCUGGCGAUUCAUUUUGAACGACAGGAGACUUUCUCUUUCAAUAAAGAGACUCAACUCUUCCCUAUCGCGGGCUUGGUGGAAGCCGAGCUAGCCAGAGUAGGCGGUAGCCAGGAUACCUCAGCGCAACCCAAGGAUGGAGAUAAGCAGGAAGAUGCGCCUGCCGGCUCCCUCAAAGUUAUCACAGAGCGUCAUCACCCAUAUCUUGUCGAACUGAUGGCCUCCGAACUUUCCAUCAAACCCGAGGAUAUCGUUGAUUUUGAGAUGCUCCUAUACGACACCCAAAAGGCCUGUUUUGGCGGCCUCCUGGACGAAUUCAUUUUCUCCGCCCGCCUUGACAACCUCAACAUGUCCUACUGCGCUACCAUGGGCCUGAUUGAGUCACUAUCCGCAUCCUCUGCUCUCGAUAAUGAAACUUCCAUCCGUCUCGUUGCUCUAUUCGACCAUGAAGAAAUUGGCAGCAGAACCGCCCAAGGCGCCGACUCCAACGCCCUGCCCGCGAUUCUGCGUCGCCUCGCUGUCCUCCCGGCUUCCGGCAAGGAAGAUACCUCCACUGCCUACGAGCAAUCCCUGUCUACUUCCUUCCUGGUCUCAGCCGAUAUGUCGCAUUCCGUCAACCCGAAUUACGCGUUCAAGUACGAACCAGAUCACAAGCCAGAAAUGAACAAAGGCGUCGUGAUCAAAAUCAAUGCCAACGCGCGUUACGCGACGAAUUCCCCGGGUAUCGUUCUCGUGCAGGAAGCGGCCCGGCUGGCCAAGAGUGACGGUAGCACCACUGCUUCAGCCGGUGUGCCGCUUCAGCUGUUCGUUGUGCGCAAUGACUCCUUGUGUGGAAGCACUAUUGGUCCAAUGUUAUCUGCCGCAUUGGGAACGCGGACCGUAGACUUGGGCAAUCCGCAGUUGAGUAUGCAUAGCAUUCGCGAGACGGGAGGAACGAAGGAUGUGUUGCAUGCAGUGCGGUUGUUCAAGAGCUUCUUUGAAAACUUUUCGGAGUUGUCACAAAAGAUUCUAGUUGACUGA